ACUUGGCCUGUAGAGCAAACAGCACGAUGAACGCGUAGCUCUGCUAAAUCUAUGGAAUUUGUGUUUUCUGAUCAUUCGGUUUUCCAGCCGUGAUUCUUUUUUGUCUUUAUAACUAUUUGGCGAUUACCUCUCUUAAAUUAUUCGCUCGGUCAACUCAAGCAACUGCAGCUGUCGCUUUGUCUACAUCAGAGGGGAAUGGAGAUGACGAUACGAAAGUAAACCUGGACCUGGUUUUUGUGUUUCAGAGCCAGGUUUCCUGCACUCUGAAAGUCUGAAGAAUAUCAAGGCUCCUUUCCCUCUUGCGGUCCCUUAUGCCCAAUGACGGCUGACUCCGGGUCACUGCAGGAUGGAUGAAGUGGAUUUGACAGUUUUUGUCUGUCACCAUCAGUGCUUGCCUCUCAGUGACUGUGUCUUGUUCUUUUACGUUUAUAAAAGAACACCUCCUCUCUUGGGCUCUGGCCCCUUACACUGUAAGAGUAACUGUUAGUAAGGAAUACCCCACGGAGGGGGCCUUCCAGCAAACUCUGUGGUUCACGUGAGCUUUUAUUACUUUUUUCAUAGGCUUUUUGUGCCACAGUCAAAAGCAGAAAGAGGAAAAUUUCCGCAAAAGGUCAAGGUUUACAUUUGAGUUUUUUCACAAUCAUUUAUUUAUACAUUUAAGUUUUUAUUUUUUUUCCCUGGAGAGAUGUCGUCAGAAAAUCCCAACAAGAUGGUGACCUUCUUGGCCCCUCCACCUCCAAAGAAUGUGAACGGCUCCGGUUCGGACUCACUGGUGGGUGAGAAGCUAGACACGGAGGUCAGGAAACGACGCCACACCAUGGAUAAAGAUCUGAAGACUGCUGAGCACAGAUUUUUUAGGCGUAGUGUCAUCUGUGACUCCAAUGCCACAGCCCUUGACUUGCCCAGCAAAGCCUGCAUCCUCACCUCGCCUCCGGACUGCGAGCAGUUCAUUGUGCCUGUGGUGCUGGGUUCGGCCCCUGACGUUACCAUUGACACCCAAGUAGGUGUUUCAGGUGUCGUAUUGGAAGAACAUGCAGAGGAUGGAAGAGCUGCUGGGGUUGAUGGGAUUGUGGAGGUACAGAGCCCAACUGUGCAGGAUGUGGGUGUGAGGCAGAGCGAGGCCCUUGGGAUGGCGGAGAAGGAGCCCAGCGAUGUGGGUAGCAAGGAGCAGGAGAGUGGAGUAGCAGACAAACGUGAGGAAGAAGAGGAGGAGAAAGGGGUGGCGAGGGCCCGUGCUGAAGCUGAGCAGAGAGAGGCUGAGAAAAAGGUUCAGGAGGAUGAAGAAGUGGAGACCAAAGCUGUGGGCACCUCACCCGAUGGUCGUUUCCUCAAAUUUGACAUCGAGAUUGGACGUGGCUCGUUCAAAACCGUCUACAAGGGCUUGGACACAGAGACUACGGUGGAAGUAGCGUGGUGCGAACUUCAGGAUCGGAAGCUGUCAAGAUCAGAGCGCCAGCGCUUUAAGGAAGAGGCUGGCAUGUUGAAAGGCCUGCAGCACCCAAACAUUGUGCGUUUUUACGACUCAUGGGAGUUGCCCUCCAAAGGCCGCAAGUGUAUUGUGCUGGUGACGGAGCUCAUGACGUCGGGAACCCUAAAAACGUAUCUGAAGCGCUUCAAGGUGAUGAAGAUAAAGGUGUUGCGGAGCUGGUGCCGGCAAAUCCUGAAGGGCCUGCACUUCCUCCACACCAGGGCUCCUCCCAUCAUUCACCGGGACCUUAAGUGCGACAACAUCUUCAUCACCGGUCCCACCGGCUCCGUUAAGAUUGGUGAUCUAGGCUUGGCCACCCUCAAGCGCUCGUCAUUCGCUAAGAGUGUCAUAGGUACCCCUGAGUUCAUGGCGCCUGAGAUGUACGAGGAAAAAUACGACGAGUCGGUGGAUGUGUACGCCUUCGGAAUGUGCAUGCUGGAGAUGGCUACCUCUGAGUACCCGUACUCCGAGUGUCAGAACCCUGCUCAAAUCUAUCGCCGAGUCACCAGCGGAGUUAAACCUGGCAGUUUCGACAAGGUAGCCAUUCCAGAGGUGAAAGAGAUCAUCGAGGGAUGUAUUCGCCAAAACAAAGAUGAAAGAUACGCCAUCAAGGACCUUCUGAACCAUGCGUUCUUCCAGGAGGAGACUGGGGUGCGGGUGGAGCUGGCUGAAGAGGACGAUGGGGAGAUGAUCGCCAUCAAGCUCUGGUUGCGCAUUGAAGAUGUCAAGAAACUGAAAGGCAAAUACAAAGACAACGAAGCCAUCGAGUUUUCCUUCGACCUCCAUCGGGACGUGCCAGAAGAUGUGGCUCAGGAAAUGGUUGAGUCUGGCUAUGUUUGCGAGGGUGACCACAAAACCAUGGCCAAGGCCAUCAGAGACCGUGUGUCCCUGAUCUGCCGCAAACGAGAGCAAAGACAGCAGGUGCGAGCCGAGCAAGAGAAACGCAAGCAGGAGGAGGAGCAGAAGCAGUUGUCCAGCGAGUCUUUGAAGAACGUGCCCAGCUCUCAAGGUUCUGCACAGAGCCAGUGUGGUUCCCAGCCUCCAACUCCUGGCCUCGCCCAGCCCGAGUGUGAGGAGCCUGAUGUUGACCAUCAGCUUCAUUACAUGCAAAGUGGAAUGACCUUGGCUGACAGGACACUUGACAGUGGUCAGGGUUCAUCCGUGUUCUCAGAACCUCACCUCAGCCAGCUCAGCAUGUCGUAUAGUUCUCCUGCCGUGUCGCAACCCCAGCAGGUGCCUGGACAGGCUGCCUACCCUCCCAGCUCUCAAGCUCCCCAACAGCACACCGCAUACCCCCAACAGCCCAUGCCGCAAUCAGCGAGUCAGCCGUACGGUGGAGGAGGCUCAGGUCUGGUCGAGCCCCCGCUCUUUUACCCCACCUUCCCGGAACGGCCCGUCUCGUUCUCCCCCCCACCAUCUUGCCCGCCUAAAGCUUUCAACGUGCAGCGCCGCAAGAGCACCUCCAUCCUGGAGGCCCACACACGUCACUUCCAGCCCGCCUACCAUCGUAGCUACGGCAGCAGCCUGCACCCAUUUUCUGGCAUGGAAGCUCUGGGCCCCGGCGUCGAACCCUCCCUGUUCAUGAUGCCCAGUAUGGCGCCUCAAAGAUUGGCUGAGCCACUGCACCUACAGCCCCCAGCAGAGUCAUUAUACGGAUAUAAGGACGUGAGGGCCGAGCAAGAGGAGGCUGUACGCAGACUCAGCCUCAACCAGGCUGCAUUAAUGGACCAUCUGGAAGCCAUGGCCUAUAGUGGCUACCCUAUGACUGCGCAUCAGCUAAGCCACAUCAGCUUCCAUCAGCAAAUGCAGGCUGCCGCUGUUGCUAGCUUGGCCUAUGAGACUCAAUCACAGCCUGGGCCAGCUUACCUACACCCUCAUGUCCAGAGCCACAUACGCUUGACCCACAGCCCCAUCCCGCAACUGCCUCCCAUGAGUGUGUCUAGCUCUGCCUCUGCACCGCAGCAAACCACAGCUGCAGAUCCAGCGUAUCAGCCCCACUCUUUUCCCCAUUCUGCACCACCCGUCUUGGCUCAUACAUCCGAGCCGAGCACUGCCUUUGAAUACCACAUGCACAACCUCCAGGUGGACCCAGCCAUGCUGGCAUCCAGACUCUACCGAGCCCGCCGGGGCUCCAUGGACCUUAACCUCGAGGAACCGACUGGCAACCAGGGCUUGUGUGGACGACUACAGCCUGUCACCGAAGAACUAUACAGCUAUGUGAGCCCAGAGCUGCCCCUUCCCCCGGGCAGCCUGCUUCUCCAUGGACCUAAAGAACUCAGUCCUGAACCUUCAAGUGACUCUAUAACCUCCUCCGAUGCUGGGGAGUUCCACUCGCCUCCGCCUCAUCAGUUGUACCAACCUCAAGACUGUUCCACUGCUCAAUCCAUCCCACAAACGUCUUACUACAAAACAGAUGGAGGGAGUAACAUCAGCGAAGGACACCCACCCAGUCAGACAAUGUUUCUGUUCGUUCCACCUUCUGAAUCGUCCACCGUUCCGUCCUCACACAUCACUGCUCUGCACAGUACUUGGGCCCAUCAACCAUCCCUUCCACCGGACCUCACAUACCACGAGCCUGCCUUGUCCCAUCAGGGCGCUACCUUGGUGCAGGUCCCAAUCCCUCAGUCCACAAGUGCCAUGUCUCUGGUUUCCUCCAGCACCCCAUUAGCCGCUUCUGCUUCUCAACAGUAUGGAGGUUACUACGUCCAAGCACUCCCUUCGCAGGCUGCUGUUCCGCAACAGGCUUCUCUGGGGCCGACAUCCCAACCAGGAGUCUCGUUACCCCAACAGCCUCCCAGCACUGUGGUUCAGAGCAGCUCCCAGAUGCAGGUCCAGCCCGGCCCCCAGCCCACACAGCUUCUCUGCGCGCCAACUAUAGCAGUUGCCCCGUUUCCGCAGCAGCCAGUGCCUGAAGCGCUGACAUGCCCGGCAGCUGUGCCUGCUCCAGCCACGUCCCCAUCAGCGCUGCCGCCCCAUCUGCUCCAAUUGGUGCCGCCUCUAAUGACACCUGUGCCAACCAUCCAUGUGGCCACAGUCCCUUCCCCCAACGAACAUCCAUGUUUGCCAUCAGACACCCCAGCGCAGACAUCUCAUAGCGUCUCUCAGACUUUGACGACAGAGCUGUCACAACUCCAAACUCCUGCUGUGGAGAGCUGUCAUUCUGAUGUGGCAUCUGGGCAUAGCGAUGGUAAUGAGGGCGUAACGGGUGGCAGGCAUGAGGGUCGUUCUGCCAAAAGACACCAGCGCAGAUCAGUACGCAGCCGUUCACGCCAUGAAAAAACCUCAAAGGCUAAGCUCAACGUUCUUAAUAUAUCCAGAAUGGGCGAUAGAGUUGCGGAGUGUCAAUUAGAAACACACAACAGAAAAAUAAAAAUAAUAAUAAUGUUUGUCAUGAAAACAAUGUCACAUAACCCAGAGGAAAUUGCACAGAUAAUGGUACAAAGUGAAUUCAUUCUAGAGAGCGAGCGCGAGUCCUUCAUCGAGCAGAUUCGAGAGGUCAUAGAAACAGCAGAUGAGAAAGGUGUGGAGAGAGAGCGCAGCCAGACGAUUAGUGAUCACGAGCAGCAUAUGCCCACCACAUCUGCACCUCUUGAACAAGGUGUGCCGCCUAGUUCAGCUGCCCAGGUGGUCCACUCUGCAGGCCGAAGGUUUAUCGUGAGUCCAGUGCCUGAAUCCAGACUGAGGGAACAGUUCUUUAGCUCACCCCAACCCACAAUCGAAGAGCCUUCAUCCUUUGUGUCAGUUGCACUGCCUGCCUUGGGGCUUUCUAUGUCUGCGUCUGCAGUUAGUCUACAGCAGGCGUUCUCUGAAAUGCGCCAAGGCCGUUUUGACCCGGGUCCCAGCACUGCGCCGCCUAUGCUUCAUGUCGCCAUGCCCCCUCUGGUUCCUGCCGCAGCACCCUUGCCCUCUAGCGCCACGCCGGUGGUCCCUCCCACAGUGUCUUCUGAAGUAACCUCUUCACCAUCUCUACCCUCUGUCUCCAUAAACCCUCCAGGGUCAUCGUCUCCUCCUCCUACCCUUCCUGCCUCCUCCGUGACCUUCCCUCCAGCCCAUUCGCAACUCCCUCUGCCUCCAAGUCAAGCUGUACCUGCCAUCAUCAGUGUUAUUUCCACUCCUUCCUCUCUGCCAAUGCCAGCUGUGCCUGCCACCACAUCCUUCCCCCAAACCUCAGUCCCCAUGCCCGCACCUGCCUGUACUGCAUCCCCGCUCGCUCACCCCGUCAGUCCUAGGGGAUCUGUUUCUGGUGGCAGUAGUGAACAGCCACCCAUCCCUUCCACUUCAGCUCAGCUCACACCACCGGUCAUCCCCACCACAGCCAUCCAGACACCGCCGCUCGCACCAUCCACCACCACGGUUAUUCCCACUUCGGCUGCUCAGUCACAAGUGCCCACCCUCCAGCCGGUUACCACCAACAUACCCAUCGUGCAGCCCACACCCAUGCACAGCCAACCUCAAACCACCACCGUGCCCAAUCAGAGCCAUGCACAUUGUGUAGAAUGUGACAGCGACCCGCAGGGAAAGGGUGUUGAUGACAUUCAGGCUCUAGAUAAAAAGCUGCGCUCGCUCUUCAUGGACCUGGGCUCUGGUCCUCCCUCUGCUCAGUCUGAUGUCACAUCUGACCCCAUGGCGGCCACAAGCGUCCCUGGCACCUCCUCUCCAACUGCCUGCGCCACCCCUAGCGGCACCCCUCUCCCUCCCUCUAGUUUACCCCUUAACACCGGUCAGCCCACAGGCUCUCCCAUGACAUCCAUGGGUAAUGCCUCCACACCGGUCGGCUACAGUCAGACGACUCCAUCCAAAGCGCCAUUAUCAAGAUUACCGGUGUUGCCUGUCGGCCCAGAUCAGGCUGGCACGCCACCCACAGAGCACCUACCACCCUUCCCAGGACCUUGUUUAACUCAGGUGCCCUUUUCUUCUUUCUCUCUCUGUCUCACUCUGUUUUUAUAUAGUUGCAUUCCUGUAAAACACGCAGAGCAUGAGUAAAUAUUUUCAUCUAUCACUGGGAUGCCACCUGGAGGACAGCCAGUUCCGUUUUCUCUGGAUGAUGAGACAGAAGCUGCACCUGCAGCUGGAGGAUACAAACUGGGACGAUUCCAGGUGUCAACGGCUCCUGAUGAGAACGCCCCGCAGGCUCCCACCACCUCCCAUGACUCAUCCUCCACAUCUUCUUCCUCCACCACCACCUCCUCUUCAUCAUCCUCCUCCACUCUCUCUAGCCCCGAGAACACGCUGCACCAAACCUCCUCUCACCUUAGAGACACGAAAGCAGAUGUGGUUGACGGCCUCCCUGCUCUCCCCAACCAGACGACAACCCACCCCCAGCCCACCACCAUUGGCCGUUUCCAGGUGACCACAAAGACUGACACACAGGUGGGCCGUUUCUCAGUGAGCAGAGAACAGGACGAGGCUCCUGUAGCAACAAGCUUACAUUCCCCAGAACCCCAGCCGGCACCUCAAGCCCAUCCAGCUGUAGGCAACGGUCCGGCUCAGAGCCCCGGGAGCCUCAACAACUCCAUCAGCUCCUACUUCAGCAGUGACAAUGACUCAGAGUUUGAAGACGAGGACUUUAAGAGAGAAGUCAGCAAGCUGAGGGAGAAGCACAUGAUGGAGAGUCAGGCUCUGUACACCCGGCAGAAGGCAGAGAUUGAUGCCCUUUUUGCUCGCUUGGGCAAAGCACCUCCCACCAUGGUCAACCCUCCCGUUGCGAACCCAGCCGGCCGCAGACGACGUCCCACCAAGAGCAAAAGCAGCAAAUCCAGCCGCAAUAGCUCACAGGGAAGCAAGAGUCCUAUACAGCCAGCAACCAGCACUUUAUCUGCACAGAGCGCUCCCUCUGUGUACCCGCCUCAGCAGGCCUUCCUGGCCCCUGGGGGGAGCAGCCCACUGCUCCAGUCCUUCAAACCCUCCCCUUCUAAUGAGAACCUGUGCUCCGCUUACACCAGUGACGCCACACUCUCUGCGCCCAGUUUGUGUGUCACCUCGCAAGGCUGUGUAAAGUUCAGCUGUUGGUCGGAGAGAGUGACCUUCAAACCAGGUGGCAGGAGGACGCGUUUUCUGAGUACGCCCUGCUUGGCUCUUUGGAAGAUGGUGAAAAAAGUGUGCCCCUGCAACCAACUCUGUAGGACAAGCAGCACCAACACGGUGGCGGGAACCGUUCAGAAUCAAAACCAGCCGCCCGUCUCUCAGUCCCAGAGCUGCAAGGGCAUGUUCACAGACGAGCUGCACAAAUUGGUGGACAACUGGGCCAGGGACGCUAUGAACCUGUCGCAGGGCAAGAGAGGCUCCAAGCACCAACAACAAGUGGCUCCUCAGGGCCACAGCUACGAAAUGGUUCCUCCUACCAAUAUGGGCCGCAAGUACUCUGCUCCUGGCCAGCUGUGCCCAAGCAUCGCUUCAACUCUGAGCGGCCACCUGCCCAUGCCCAACACUCCCGCUACCUCUCUGGGGGCCCGGAAGGGCUCCUUGUGUCCCACACCGCAGUAUGGCUACCCCUCUGCACCUUACAGCGCCCAGUGGGCUGGUUCGGUCGCGCACACCCAGGCCGGUCUGCUGGCCACCUCGCAACCCCUGGGACAGUAUCCCCAGGUUCCCACCCCUUUACAGACCUUCCACAUCAGCACUUUGCAAAAGUCAGUCAGCCACCCAGGUGGACCCAACCUGAAGACCACGUAGGGCAGGGCCUAGCCGUGCCAGGCCUAAAUAACUCUCGAGUUGGGGGAAGGAAGGGGGGCAGAUUGGGCAAGCGUUUGUUUGCGUUGCGGAGAUUCUGUCACAAGAGUUGAUUGUUGAGGAAGAAGAUGCCAGAAUCUGCAUGCAUGCUCACAGAUACGCCACGGGGAUGAUGCACAACGAUGCACAACGAUGCAAGGGAUUAGAGAAGAUGAAAAUAAAACAACAGACACUUGUGUGCAAUGUUACGUGGCCAAAGAAGGUGUGAUCAUUCUUACUGUUAAGGUGUGUAGUGAUGGCAUCCUUCACCACCCAACCCCAAACAUUUGUCAAGGGGUUCGAUUAGAGGUUUGCUGACCUAAAAUGGAAUGAAUGCCACCGGCAUCCAUCCGUAUAUCCUCCUGAUAAAUUCAUACAUCAAACAUGUCAACAAAAACGGAGGUCGGGUGGGUGACGGUGAGCACUGAGCAGCGAAGAGACGAACCUAGUUCCCCUCUUGCCCUAAACCCUUUGCUGCAAUGCCAUGGAACAAUGCAAUAAUUACAAUGGUUAAAAAAAAGCCCAUUUUAAAGCACAGGAAGUGGCCUUCAUUAGAUAAAAGGACAAAAUCCAUGUACAGAUUUCCUUUGUUUUUAAAUUGGGUAAUGAGGGUUUGAUUUCAUUCAUUUGGUUGGUUGGUUUUUCUUCCCUAUGCCCUUCAAGCCGGCCUUGUGUAGCAGAAUGUUAGGGACAGUACUUUUUUUUGUCACAUGUUCAGAGGCCUUUCAACUGCCUGUACUACAAAGCUCCUACAUGCAUCCCAGCAUGCACAUUCACACUCUUACCGUCCUCUUCCGGUUUUCUCGUUGGGCCACACCACAAGGUGACCUGUAAAAUGGUGGAUAAAAUCAGUUGGAUUGGGUUUUGGAUACAGGAUUGGUUACCUUGGAGGCCCGUGAAGCUUUAAAUCUAUGGCUAAUUAUCAGCUUUUUCUAAUCAUGGCAGCAUUAGGGGCCUCUUACGAUAGUUUGAUCGAGACAUUCAAAUAAGAAGUCGUGUUCUGUAUGGACCUGUAUUUACUCAUCAGUUUUUGAUGUUGAAACACUGUGAUUAUUAUAAAUGUUGUUGGACAACAUUAGAUAAAAAGAAAGUAGACAAAAAAAAAACAUGAAAUUUUGGAGGGUUUUGGAUAUUAGCGUUCAUGAGAUGUAAGGCUAGCUAUUUCAUCUUAUUGGAGACACUUUAACCCUUUUUUCCCCUUUGUACUUUCUUUAUAUUAUUAGAUAAAUGUGAAUGUAAAUGGAUUCAAUUAACGUACUUGAAGAAAAUAAUCUUUCCCUCUUUCCCUAAGCCCGGUGAGCUUUCUGAAGAUUCUAGUGCCUUGCUUUAUUUUUGUGUUACUUUUUUUGCUUCUGGGUUUGAUAUAUAAGGCAGCGGAGAGUCUCUGGUUGGAUUGUUGGACUUCACAGAGGGUGAUUAUUAAUAUAUUGCAGGAACAAGGUGUUGUUUUGGAUGCCGUUUUGAAUUGGCUACGACUGAAACCAUUUGAUGGCACAGUCCUAGUUGCAAAAAGCUUCAUAUAUAAGGUGCGCAAACACAAUCCAGCCAUUAUAUCGCAUUCAAAGGCUGUGAAAGUGCUUGAGGGUUGAGUUUUAGAUACUUUGAUCAAUCUACCUUAGUAUGCAAGUGGAAGUGUGCCUAUCAUCAGCACAUAGAUGAGUCAUUUAAACUUCUUUCGACAACCACGGUGUCUUUGUUUUCCAGAUGGAUUCUUAAACAGCGUGAACGGUUCUUGUGAAGGUGAGGGAUCGGCUCAGAUAGAAAUGCAGGACGAGGAAAGUUAGUACGCAUGGGACAGUAUGUUGUAAGUAUUUCAAAACCACCAAUAGCUUAGAUGUUUUUCCAGAACUGCUUAAUUGGUUUUGACGCCAUCCAGUGUCGAAUCCACUCCAGGUGUGCAUAGGGAGACACGUUUGACUCAUUUAGCAACAGAUGUGACAGCAAGUCUAGAAAAGGACCAGAAAGGUGGGAAAAGACAGUUAGCAACCCUCACCGACACAGCACUGUUAAAGAAUAUUUCUCGCUGGUUUCUCAUCAGUCCGCUUCUUUUUAACUGUCACUGCCCAUGUAAGUUCUCACAUCACCGUACUGACAACGGCAUUCGGUUUUAUGGCAGAUCAGUAGCUUCUUUCGGAGGAUCGCACUCCCUCUCUUUUUGUAGCAGUCAGUCAAAUCACUCUUGUAAAUGCUUUGGUUUAUUCAAAAUACUAGACCUGCAGUGUCAAACUACCUUUUAGCACAUUUGACUGUGCAGAUGAAUAGCAAACAGUCCUGAUUCACCAGAAACAAAUGUACAGAUCCUUAGAGCAUUUUAUUUGGGGUACAAAAACAUAGUGGAGAUGCUCUCAUCACCUUUAACUACUGAAAGGACUUAGAUUACAACUCGUUACAUACUGCUUAGUGUGCCGUCUGCGUGAAACGUCUAGUACAGGAACUUCACUUUAGGUCAACUGUACAGUUUAGAUUCUCAACUGGCUCUCUAUAUUCAGAAUCUGAUCGUUUUACCUUUAUCUCUUGCUUUGUACACAACGCUUUACCUGUAGACAGCACGUUUUUACCCACUUUACGUCGCUCGGUUUGUUCAAACUGUGAACACAUCAAAAGGUCUUUAACAAAGAGGUCCAACCUGCUCAGUGUUCAGACUAAUGAAAUAGUACCUUCUGAGUGCCAUGCCCCUGUUCCAGAUAUGACGCAAGUGUUCAUUUGCUCUAGCUAUAAGAAACAGGUCCCCCUGUUUGACUGUAGAGGGUGCUAAUGUAACUGCAGUGCAGGACUACAACAUUAAACGAGAUUCACCUCUGACCUCUGAUGUAAAUGAUACAGCACCUUGGAAAAUAAAAAAAAAUGUCCUUUUUCUUUGCUUUGAAAAAAAAAAUAGUUUGUAGCGUGCUGAUGUACGAACGAGCCAUUCAGUAUCGCUAGACAUUCAGUUUAUGAUGAAAAAAAAAACAAUAAAAUGUAUUUUUUCUUUCUUUUUGCAUGAGACUUCAGUUACACAGAAAAAAUGCACACAAACCUACUCAAAACUAUCUUAUUGAAUGAAUCCCUCCUUACUAGUCGCUCUCCUGUGGAAAGAAAUACAACAGAACAAUGUUUACUUAAUGCUACUGACCUGUCAUUAAGUUAUUUUGUUUUGUACUGCUAUCUGAUCCGCUUGUUUUGCUGUCUUUUGAGUCUCUAGAUUUCCUCUGGUGACUUUCAUUCAGUGUUUUUUUUUUCUCCGUAUGAUAUUAUACAAAAUGUUAAAAGAGUUACUUAAAAUGAAAACCAAACAAAAACAUGUAGGGAAUCAUCGGCAAUGUUUAACUGUAUGUUUUGCACUAAGUAUAGGAUGUUCUAGCUUCAUAUAAAACUGCGCUUUGCGCUCCAAUAAAACAGCAUUUGUUACCCUAUUUGUAAACUUAAUAAAAGUCAUUUAAAUAAA